AUGUACACUUAUGUGAUUCGUAUUGCCAACGUUGAACAUUUUGUUAGUAGUAAUAUCAUUCAUUAUCUGUCGAUUGUGUUAUUUUGCUCUCUUGAUCUUCCGCUGACCAGUAAAUACUUUCAAUGGAGAUAUGAAAUGGCUAUAAUUGAUCUUAAUUAUUUUCAAGAGACAGUUUGUUGUGAAUCGUUACUGGAACAUUCAUGCUUACCGUAA